CCCACAUUCUCUGCUCCACUAAGCAGUAAAAAAGCACUACUCUCACUCUCUCCACUCCAUUGCCUCUUCUCUCCCAAGUCUGAAAAACGAGUGAGCAAUGGCGCCUCCCUCUCGUUUCCUCUCCGCCUUUGCUUCACUCCUUCUCUUCACCCCCUUCUUCGCAGAUGGGGGCUCUAUCGGGGUAAACUACGGCAGAAUCGCCGACAACCUCCCGUCGGCGGUGAAAGUCGUGCAGCUGCUGAAAUCACAAGGUCUAAGCCGGGUGAAAGUGUUCGAUGCCGACCCCACCGUGCUCCGAUCUCUGGCCAGAUCCGGAAUCAAGGUCACCGUCGAUUUACCCAACGAGAUGCUCUCCUCCGCCGCCAAGAAGCCUUCCUUCGCAGCCGCGUGGGUGCAGAGAAACGUCGCCGCCUACCAUCCGGCGACCGAGAUCGAAGCCAUCGCCGUCGGGAACGAAGUGUUCGUCGACACUCACAACACCACCAAGUUCUUGAUCCAGGCAAUGCGAAACAUCCACCAGGCGCUGGUGAAAUCCAACCUCCACUCCGCCAUUAAGGUCUCUUCCCCAAUCGCUCUCAGCGCGCUCCAGAACUCCUACCCGUCGUCGGCGGGGUCAUUCCGGCAGGAGCUCGUCGAGCCGGUCUUCCGCCCAAUGCUGGAGUUCCUCCGGGAGACCGGCUCGUACUUGAUGGUGAACGCUUACCCGUUCUUCGCGUACGAGGCGAACUCCGACGUCAUCUCGCUGGACUACGCUCUGUUCAGGGAGAAUCCCGGCAAUGUCGACGCCGGCAACGGGUUGAGAUACUUCAGCCUCUUCGACGCCCAGAUCGACGCCGUGUUCGCCGCGAUGUCGGCGCUGAAGUUCGACGACAUCGAGAUGGUGGUUUCGGAGACGGGAUGGCCUUCCAAGGGCGACGGAACCGAGAUCGGUGCCAGCGUGGCAAACGCGGCUGCUUACAACGGCAAUCUCGUCCGUCGGAUCUUGACUGGUGGCGGGACCCCUCUGAGGCCCAAGGCAGAUCUGACGGUCUACCUUUUCGCUCUGUUCAACGAGGACGACAAAAACGGGCCGACGUCGGAGCGCAACUACGGCCUCUUUUACCCCAACGAAGAGAAGGUCUACGACAUCCCCUUCACAUUACAAGGCCUGAAGACAUACAAGGACAAAAGAGCUCCGGCCACCGGCGGCGGCCAUGUUACCGCUCCUCCGGUCACCAGAGGCGGAGUAUCGAGGAGCACGACGAGGAACACGUGGUGCGUAGCGAGUGGAGAGGCCGGGGAGGAGAAGCUGCAGGCUGCCCUCGAUUUCGCCUGCGGGGAAGGCGGCGCCGACUGCCGGCAGAUCCAGCCAGGGGCGGCGUGCUUUAAGCCGAACACCGUGGAGGCCCACGCUAGCUUCGCGUUCAAUAGCUAUUACCAGAGGAACGAGCGCGCCGGCGGUUCCUGCUAUUUCGGCGGCGCGGCGUAUGUCGUCACCCAACCACCCAAAUAUGGGGAGUGCGAGCUUCCAACUCGGUACUAAAAGAAGAAGAAGACUGAUUAGCUGGGUUUAGUGAUCAAUGGAUGGGGGGAAGGGGCAUUGUUGUAACUGUACCCAUUUCCUAACAGGUUGGGAUUGUUUUGAGGGAGUUAAUUUAUGAUUAUAUUUUGGGGGUAGUAGUUGGGGGGGAGUGGUUAAUUUUAGGUACCAUUUGUGACGUAAGCUAAGUUUGUGGGUCUGUAAUUAUUAUUAUUAUUAUUAAGUUGUUGCUUUCAUGGAUUUUGUUAACAAUGUACGUUUCUACUUCUACUACGUAUUACGGAAGCAAAUUUUUUUUUUUUUUUUUUGGGCUUCGUCGUGAAUGGUUUCUGUCAUUUACAUUUUAGUAAUUAGCUUUGAAAGGUGGCGUGUGGAUGAGGAAUAAACCACCGUACGAUGG